UCUACAAUCACAUGCUUAGAGGUUAGAAAUGUUGCGAGCGCUAAAUUUAAGAAAACUCAACAAACUCUGCAAUUUUACAUAUUCAAAAUGUGUGAUUACACUCCAGAGAACCCUAUUAACAUCCCCAACACAAAAUGCGAAAUUAUUCGUGGACAGGGAGAAUACUUACUGCUAUGGAAUCAUUGCACCAUUAUUCGACACACAAAAAGUGUUUCCUGAAAAAAAUGAACAAAAUGAAGACAUGACCACUGAAUGGUUUAAUAACACAUUAAAUCAUCACUUUCGAAAGUCUACAGCCUCUGAAAUAGUCUCAACAUUCAAAAAAGUGCUUCCAUUCUGCAUACAACACAAUAUAACUAUAUCAGAUACAAGAUUCGAUGCAUUAGUUGAUGGUUUAAUGGAUCAUGCUGAGAAACUUACAGAUAAUGAACUCCUAACUCUUCUAGAUGUAUUAAAUGACUAUCCAACAGUUGAUUCUAUAAAUGCUCACAAUUAUCAUGAUGUUUGGAGUUGUCUGGAUGAUAUAUCCGGUAGAAGAAUAGGAAUUUGGAAGCCUGACAUGUUAAUAACAGUGGCUGAAAAGUGGUACAAGUUGGGUUUGGGCAGAGUUGGUGACUUCACCUUCAAUGCCAUUGAUAAAAUGUCCAAGAAACCUGAGCAUAGGUUGACUAAAGAUCAACUGGUGCAGGUGUUCUUUCUGAUGAAUGUUUCCAGGAGGAGAUUGAUGCAUUUUGAGUAUGAACAUGCUUUAUAUUUGAAAGUGGAGGAGAUGACUGUUGAUGAGUUGGCUAUUGUUGCUCUGGGGUAUUUUAAGACUCAGACUAAGGUGAAAAUUCCGCAGAUUCUAGCUGAGAUGCUGCGGAAGGCGAAAAACGCCGAGGAUAUACACGAGAUGACUUUGUGUGGGAUUUUGAAGACAGUGAGAUACACUUCCCAUCCAUCUUUAGCCGACCAAAUGCUGGACUUCAUGGAACAUAUCACCCCUAAACUCCCCAACCUCUCAACCCUCUGCGUCCUGCACGCCGCCCUCCUAGGCACAACCCUCCAAAUCCUCCACAAACCAUCUUUAAGCAUUGCAGCACAAAGAAUAGCCUCAAACAUCUCCAACGUUGAAAUGGUCCGACUCAAAGACAUCGAACGCCUUCUAUUAUCACUAACAAUGCUCGACUACGACCCACAAACAACACCCUGUAUAUUCAAGGCAUGCAUGGCUGAACUGCACGAAGAACGCCGCAAUACAGAAAUAAUCAGAUACAGGAAAUGCCUGGGUGCAGCGCUGAGUUUCCUCAGCAUAAAGAACAUGUAUUCCAUUGACUUAUUGAAACAAGUGUUAGAUCCUGAAUUAAUCGAAGAAGUUUAUGGUAAAUCAGCAAAAAUGUUCCCCAGGGAGUUAUUCGUGCUCAAUAUGAACACAUACCUUGAAGUUCCUGAAUAUAAUGGACCUAGAUUAAGUAAAAUCAAACAAAUUAAGUGCGCAAAAUGGCUGACGACGUUCACACCGGUCAAAGAACAGACUAAAAGGGUGACAGCGAUGGAUAAAUUGAUUCUGGACGUGCAUGGAGUACUGGAAAACAUUGUAGGAGGACAGGAGAAUAUGUUUAUUGAACAUUUACUACCACAAUAUCUCAGGGCAGAUGUGGUUAUUUCUCGUGAUAAACUUAGUAAAAAAUUUAUAAAACCUCAGGGUUUUGAUAAUUAUGAGUUUGGUGAGCUUAUACCUGCACCAAAGGAUGAAAACAAGGAUUAUUUCGCUAUAGUUAUCCUUGGAUGGAACGCAACAGUUCGUGGGUCGUCACAUCCGGUUGGUUUAGCACACAUGAAGCUACGCCAUCUUAAAAUACUAGGCUACAAACCUUUCUUUGUUAUAUGGAAUGAAUUCUCACCUCUGACAAAAGAAGACAAGCAUAGAUACAUAGAAAACAAAAUACAACAAUAUUCAUGAUGAUAACAAGGUAUUUUCUGUUACUUUUCACAUAGACCUUCAUUAUAUUCUCUGAUAAUUAUCUCGAGUGUUGAUUGAAUAUAAUUUGCAUCUGUUGCGAUGUUAGAUUGUUCAUAAA